UUGUGUAGUGUCACGAUCGUCCAUGUAAAAUAAGGACAUUCACAUUAGCACACUUUAUAAAAAAAUAUAAAGAGUAAUUGAGAACCAGAUGUACCUAUAAGUAGUUAAGUUAAAAACUUUUCACUUCUCAGUUCACUUCAAGCAUAGGGGUACAAUUUCUCCACAAAAUCUUACAGCCGCAACGUGAAUUUACUUGUACAACUUGAGAAAAAUGCCUUUACCGCAAGUUGCGCAGCAAAACAAAUGUAUCACCUUAAAAGGGUCAGCCGCUAUGGUACGUCAAUAUCUCGAGUAUGGCAUGAGUAACGUCCUCUAUCAAAGAGGAGCAUGUCCUCCCGAACAUUUUGAACAAACAAAAUAUUACGGUCUGAACUUGUUUAAAGCCACUCAUCGUAAACAUGCUGAGUACUUUGCUCAUGUACUUGGCCAAAUUGAGAAUUUUCUUGCUGAAAAGGAGGUGGCUAGCGUUACGCUGGUUUUGAUAAACAAAGAUACAAGAGAAUAUCUCGAAAAUUGGAAAUUUAUGAUUGAUUAUGAAGAAAAGUGUAGUACUGCUGCAGCUAACUCUUAUGGCAGCAAAGAUCCGCAAUCCAUUCAAAACGAAAUAAGUGCAGUAGUAAGACAGAUCUUGGGAACGACAACCGUAUUACCUUUGUUGAAGGAAGAUAAAAUAACGUAUGAAAUCCACGCUUCUCAAAGGCCAGGAGUUCCUCAGUGGAAUGGUUGGAGAACUGUGACAGAAAACACUACCAUUGCAAAUCAGCAAACAAUGCAAUUUAGAUCCUUUUCAACGUCGAUCCAUAGUAUCCAAAGUACCGUGUACUACAAGGGAGCUUAAAAAAAUUAAUUUUCCUUAAACAAUACUAGGAAACAUUUUUUGCGCUUUGAAUUUUUUAUUUUACUUUUCAUACCAGGUUUUGUCUUUUGC